AUGAACCUGAAAUGGUGUGUUGUUUUUGCGGCGAUCGUUGUUCUCGGUCAAAAUACUUUGAGUUCUAAAUUGAAAUCAAACAACGAUAAAAGAGAAAGACGAAGCUUUUUGCCUGGAUUUUCCUGUCCUUUUAGUAACUUGCGAUUUCGUGGAAGGCCUGACAUUAAAUUUAUCUUGCAUAACCACAACUUUUCCGAAGGAGUUGAUAUAAGUGAAGAUCUUGGAGUUGGAAAGUUAAUCCCGAAUGCGCCAAUUAAAGUUUUAAUUCAUGGAUUUCUGAACAACGCAUCAUCUUUGAUGCCAUCGUUGAUAACAAACGCCUUUAUGCAACGUUAUCCUGAACUAUUCAACGUCAUCAUAGUCGAUUGGAGUAUCGGAGCUGGCGAAGAUUAUCUCGACUACUAUACUUGUCACAUUCCCAAACGAAUUGUUCCUUUAGUAGCUGAAGGUGCGUUUGACUUUCUUCAAGACAUGAUAAAGUCCCAGAACAUCAAUCCAAUGUACAUUGGUCUAAUCGGACAUAGUUUGGGAGCUCAAAUCAGUGCACGUAUCGGCAAGAAGUUCAUUCAACUUGGCACGAAACUUCCCAUUAUUGUAGGACUUGAUCCUGCGAAAUCCGAUUCGCCAAAUCCUACAGAAGAUGAACGUUUAACAGCGAAUGAUGCGGAAUACGUUGAAGUUAUUCACACAAACCCGCAGGAUUUGGGAAUGUUUCGACCUUUGGGAACAGCGGACUUUUAUCCAAACUAUCGAAGGGAUAAGCAGCAACCAGGAUGUGAGUUUGAUUCAACGUGUUCUCAUUCAAGAGCUUAUCAAUACUAUGCGGAAUCAGUGGCAAAUCCAACAGCUUUUGAAAGUGUCAAAUGUUUGGAUUUGGAAGCUUUGAAGGAGAACCAAUGUGAAGGGGGUUUUGGUAAUGUAAGAGUUUUUAUGGGAGGUCCUGGAGUUUCAUCGCAAGGAAAAGGUUCAGGAAUCUUCUAUUUGAAGACAAACUCCAAACCUCCUUAUGGUCAAUACUGAAUAGCUGUUUCAGGUAAGUUCUUGUUUAACUCUGAUAGGUCAAUAAAUCCUUUGAAAGUUUAUAAAAUUUUGUUUUGUAACUUAAGUAACAAUAGCGAUCAAAAUAGGUCUUCGGACCGCGGUGAUGCAUUCUCAAACCUAAC